CGGGUGAAGUUCACUUCCUGCUUUGCAGCGUGAAAUCAAUAAACUGCAGCAGAGUCGCUCGAUGAGGAAGAAAGACGAGGUGGGAGUUUUGUUCUAGACGUCGGUGCUUCACAAAAACAUUUACUUUCCGCUAAUCAUCAGUCCGAGGAGCAGGAGUAUCGAUGAGCAGGCGAUAAAGUCAAACCAGAGAAGAUUAGAGCUACUGUUUGCAUUGAUUUGGAUGAAGCCUCCAAAUAAGAAUCUCAGCGUAGCAAGGACCAAACAUGGUGCACGUGUACAACUGCCAUCCCUUCACCUACCAGCAGAUUGUUCAGGUGGAGCAGGAACCUGGAUUGGUUUGCUGUGGAGGCGGAGCGCUGAUUGUGGUGGCGACGGGAGGAUGCAAGGUGGAGGCCUACAGCCUGGAGGAGGAGGGCUGCCCUCUCAUCUGUCGCUUUGUCACCAUGGGAGCUGUGAGGAAAAUCCAGCACAGUAAAAUAGGAGACUACUUGGUAACUAUUGAGGAAAAGAAUAGCGCCAUCUACCUGAGAGCCUACACAAACUGGCGCUGUCAGGCGGAGGAGAAGGCCCGCAUUGGGGUGCGUUUACUGGGCCACUUGCUGCGUGGAGCGUCGGCGUGGGGCGGCGUGCAGACGGAGAUUAUCGAGAUCCCACUGUCUGAUCAUCCUGUCGCCGUGGCCUGUUGCUCUGUGACCGGAGAUCUUCUGGUCGGCUGUGAGAACACUUUGGUUCUUUUUACCUUGAAGAGACAGAACCAGGAGAAUUUGAAUCCGAACCAGCAGAACCCUCUGAGUUUCUGGUCGAGUGCUCAGCAGAGCUGCAGUCCAGUCGCAGGUCAGACCUCCAGUUCUUGUCAGAAAGAUUCCUUCCUGGAUUUUGAACGCUCAGUCAUCCUGCAUCUUUCAAAAAUGACUCCUAAGCAGGUGGCGCUGUGUGGAGGGUUUGUGGCUGUGCAGGCAGAGCUGGAGGUGCUGGUGCUGAAGCUGGAGGUGACAUCUGAGCCAACCAUGCAAGAAUCCUCGGAUGCACACCCGAGCGGAGAUUAUCUGGAGGACCAGAGUGAUUUUCUGCUGGUUCCGCGACACCAGGAGCUGCUCGGGAAUCGAGCAGAAGACUGUGACGUCGUGGUCGGCGUUGAAAACACUGGACUGGAGGACGGGAGACGGUACACCAGGACCUAUGUCCUUUUCAGGCGUUUCUCUCCUGAGUUCUUUCAAGGCUGCAGCGUGGAGGAGAUGCAGCUCCACUCACUGCAGCUCUACCCGCUGUUCACCAGUAACCAGUCGCCACUUCUGGAUGAGCCAGCGUGCGUGUUCUGUUUCUUCUCUCUCCCCAACGCUGGUUACCUGUACAGUCUGAGGGGCGGAGUUGAGCUGCUCUCCACCUAUCAGUAUCCAGAGAAGGUGCAGGAGGCGGUGCUAACGGAUCACUUGUUGCAUGUCAUAACAAAGAGCACUUUGCAGUCCUUCACUGUGCGUUGUGCUGCAGUCGCAGCCAGGAUAGAAGACCCCUACAUCGACACGACUAUAAAGGCGUGUCCACCCAGCAGCCUGGAGACUUGUGCGCUCAGAAUGCAGUUAUUCAUUGGCCUGCGGUCCAUCUGUGUCUACGGCCGCCACGUUGUUCUUUUCUCUGCUGCUGACUCAGAAGCACCAGAGGAAACGGAACGCCACACACAGCGCCGAGGCCUCGAGUUACAAGAGCACAACAUGCUGACUGGUAUUUUCCUUGCGGUGGGAAUCGAUCCCGCAACCUCACCAGCUCUGAAGAGCCUCCUAUCACGUCCCUUCUUGACCAGAAGGUGGAUAAUAACCUCCCCGAAAGAAACCAGAACAGCCGGACAUGGAUGGAACCUCUACGUCGUCGACAUGGUCUCGCCUCUCACUCUCUACCAGGAGAUGGCUGAGUAUAGUCAGAACUACGCUGAAAACAACCCACAGAGCCAAAGUCUUCGGCACCUCCUCAGUGAAGCUCACCUCCUCGUUCGCACCGCCUUACUGCAAACAUCAAAGCGUCAUCAGGACAGCACAGGCGACCCUGAUGAGAAGAUGGCCACACUGACAGAGAAACAGGAGCUGGAGGAGGUGUUCAGGCAGAACUGUUCCCAGCUGGGAGACAGUUUUAGCAGGGGAAGUCCAAAGGAUUGCCACCUGGCUUUGCCAUAUUACAGGAUGUCUGGUCUGUCGGUCACUGAUGUCAUGUCCAGGAACCGCCCACUCCCAGGCAGCCCUCACUCCUACGGCCCUGGCUUCCUGUUUUAUCUAAAACAUUACCUUUUUGAGGAAACAGAUGAGACCCUCAGCACGGAAACGGCUGAUGAGGUCAUUGAUAUUUUCAGCCAAUCGGAGCCCUCACUGCUUGUGACUGUGUGUGCCAGCCCAUGCAUGAAGAACGUUAAUCCUGCUCGGACACUGCAGAUCUUACAAUGCCUGGAGGACACCGCCGGAGUUUCAGUACCUCUAACCAUCACCAUGGCAACCAUGAUGCUGCACCUGGGCAACCUACCCCAGUACACAGAGUUAAUGGAGCGACAUGCUGAGAUGCUGCUGGUGUACGGGUUCAUCGAGGAGCCGAGGCUGCUGCUGCACGACGGAGGAGGAGGAGGCAAGAAGGAGCAGGUCUGCACCACAGCGCUGGCUCGACAGCUGGCAAACUCCCAACCUGGACUGCUCGUGGCCGCCAUGGUGGCUUUGCACGAGAACAGCAAAGUUCAGCUGGAACAGGCUGACUUCAUCUUCAAGGAGCUGAGCUGUGACAACAGCUUACAGGUGGAUUUUUGGGAAGCGAUGCUGAUGGCCUCUUCCCAGGAUGCCGUCAUUCAGGAGCUUCUUUUCCGUCUGGCGUCUGUUUACAUCGACCGACUAACAAACACAAUCAGCAACACAACAUCAAAGCAAAAGUCCCUGAAAAGUGCCGAGGACCUGAUCAGUUCCUGCUCUCAUUUUGGAGCUCUCCACCCGUGGCUCACUGUUCUCAAUCCAGCUCAAAUGUCCAGCUCCCAACACCAGGAGGCGCUGCACAAACUACAAGCGCUGCUGUGCGGUCCGUCCCUCUCUGUUGGAACCGUGGUUCCUCUGUUGGAGCGUCUGUCAGAGGAAACCACAUGGGGCUUCAGCCUGCACCUCCUUUGUGCCACCAGAAGGGAGCAGUAUGACUGGAGCAUUGAGAAGUUGUUGGACAGAUGUCCUCAAGCCAUUAUAGCUUAUGCCAACCACCACUUACAAGAUAAGCACAUGGCUCUCUGGUGGACGAAGCUGCUGCCUGAGCUCUGUGACCGGACGCGAGCUGCCGCUGACGGCAGCAUCCUGCUGAGUGUCCUCAACGAAACACUGGUCGUGGUUGCCAUGGAGACGAGCCCGCUGGAGUUCUUGGAGCUUGUUCCUGACGAUGGCACGGCAUCAUACUUCCUGCCUUACCUGUUGACAUGCAGCCAGAGAAACGUUAAGGCCUGACAAAGUUCAUCCAGCUUAAAUCUCACGCUGCUGGGUGGAGAGAACAUUUCUCACGCUUGUUCUGAUUUAGUGUUUGCAUUUAAUGUGGAUACAUUACCCGUUUAUUUAUUAACAUUUGGAGUUCUGACGAUAGCCGAGAGAAAACGUUUUAAGCUUUGUUUUAGACAGUAGCUCUACUUUUUUGCAUCAUUUUACACAAAAAUCUUUGAAUUUCAUGUCUGCAGAUUGAAAAAACGGCUCCGAAAAUCUCAGAAUCCAGUCACACACUUUUCUCUCUGCUUCAGUUACGCUAGCACAGUUAGGUGAAAUCUCUGUAACAUGAAGGGAUUUAAUUCCUGGGAGGCAGAAAUAAAGUCUCCAUUUAACCACGGAGCGUUAGGCCUUUUCUUUUUCCUCGCCGCUUUCUCACAACAUCCUGUUGGCCUUUUUAAGAAAAACGUGAUCUCCACAUAGAAGAAUGGUUUCUGUCAGGUAACCUCGUCAGGAGUUGAUGGUGGUUACAGAUAGGAGACAAUCACUACUGCUGCGUCUGCAAUUGACUGAAUUCUUUGUUCAAAUCUUUAAACAUGUGGACUAACUGAUAAGUCACAGCUGUGACUUGUGACUUUCAGCAAACAUUUUUCUACAAAAAGAAUCAAAUAAUUUGAUGACGGAUGCAUGUGGUUUGGAAAGUGUUAUCGGGUCCCCUGCUGAAGGCUCCAAGUCAUCUGUGACUUGUUAGUUGUUAAACCCUAACUGCUCUUUUUGUGCGUUUAUUUCAAACUAAGCAUUCUUAUUUCAUUAUGAAGUUAGGGAUUCACAUGAGACUGUAAAGCAAUAUAAAAGAAUAAUCCUCCAAGCACAGACCAGUUAUUUCUUUCUAAAAUCCAUCUUUUCUUUUAGCAUUAAAGCCUUUGACCAAAUUGGCCCAAGCAUUGUAGAUUUUAUUAAUUUAUCCCUAAAAUCUGGCUCUGUACCAUCUGUUUUCAAACAUGCAGUUAUUGAACCUAACCUUAAAAAACCAAGUUUGGACUCAUCUCAGCCUAAAAAUUACAGACCCAGACAAUGGAGAGUUCACAGUGUUAGUAUUGUUAGGUCUUUCUGCAGCUUUUGACACUGUUGAUCACAGCACCUUAA